GAAUAUUACCCGGGAUCUCAUUGGUCGGUUUUCAGACUUUAAAAAUACAAACGGUUGUCAUACUAAGAGAAGAGAAGGAGGUUUUCAGAAGUUUAUUUGUUGCCCGAAACGGACCCUGUUGCAAUCGGCUAACGGAGUCUUUGACCUUCAGAAUGAGUUCUGUUGAAGUGAACGACGAGAACCGUGGCGUUUGCCCUGGAGGAAAACAACACAACAGCACAAGUAACGACAUCUUUGUCCUGGAUCAGCCCACUGGGAGGCCGUCAAUCCUGCGGCAGACUGAGAACCUGCCCAGUAAAGCCUUGCCAAAAGGAGUGAAGGUCUGUUUUCAAACUCCGAGACGAGAUCCUGUGACGAAGAGAAUCGUGUCUCCCAGCAAGUCGACAAAGAUGAGCAGUGUUGAGGAGUGCACCAAAGCACUGGAGUCUUUAAAUCUGGACAAAACACAUGUUUCACCACCAGAUGUCCCUGUUCAGUCUGAUGAGCAAAAAACAGAAGUGUCCACAUAUCCUGAUGACGAUAUGCCGAUACAAAGCAAAGGUGGCUAUGAGCUGGACUUUGACAACCUAGACUCUAUAAAUCCUUUUCAGUGCUCCAACAAGAUGGUUCUGUCAUCGGUCGAGUUCGCUGCCAAAAACCCUCCUUCAGAUCAAAGUCAGCCUCAAAACACAGAGCCAGAAGAUGUUGUGGAGAAACCCACCAAGACGGAAACUGCCCUGGAUGAGACGCUUCCACUCACGCCGUCUGUGGAGAAUUCGCUGGCGGACAUGUCAGCUAACGUCAGCUCCACAGAGAGCAGCGUGGUCACCGUGACUCCAGUCGCAGCAGUUGAGGAACAGGAUUCGCGCAGCGCCACGCCUGACGUACAAGAACCUGUUCAGACAUCUCUGAAUGCUGAGCAGGACAAGGCGUCAGGCAGCGUCAUCGAUGAAGCUCCGCUCCCUGCCAAAGGUUCUUAUAACUUUGAUUUCGACAACCUCGAUGACAUAAACCCCUUCCAGACUAAAAGCUCUAAAAUCCAGAACUCGCCUGUUCUGGAUAGAAAGCUGCCCGACGACAAUCGACCUCAAGUGGAGCCACAGGUUGAUGAAAGUAAACCAGCAGAAGAACUGGAGGUCCCUGAAGUGGUCCAAAAACACGAGGUGAAGCCCGUCGCUGCUGUGAAGCCGAUAUCCACCAACGUGGACGAAACUCCAGCUGCUGAAUCCCAGCCACACGUUGCCUCGGCCAAGGAAGGCCCAAUCAAACUGGAGUUCAAUUUUGAUGACGGAAAGGAGGUCAAAUCGAAACGACCACCCAAGAAGUUUGGCAAGAGGCCGUCCUCUGUGAAAUCUAAAGAAGGGACUUCAGCACCGGAAGUCAAACCUAAGAAUGAAACCACAGCGAAGCCUGACGCCCCGUCAGCAGAGGACGUUCCAGUCCCUAAAGGCUCUUAUUCCUUUGACUUUGACAAACUGGACGACCCCAACUUCAAUCCAUUUGGCAGCAAUGCAAACAUGAACAACUCUCCCCAGUGCAGCAACAACGCCAGCUCCGUGCUCAAAGAACCUGCCAUUCCAGAGUCAACAGAGGAGGCAGUGGAGAAGGAAGCUGCUCCACCAACACACAUUGAAGAAACUGUCACAGCUGCUGUGUCCAGCCCUGCGGUCCCUGACACAGACCUGGGAUCUGUGCCGAGUUGUCCCCAGCUCUCUCUGCCAGAUGAACCAGAGCAGAAACCAGAGCAGAAACCAGAGGAACCCAUGUUAGAUUUCACAGGGGACUUUGUUCCUGGAACAAUGUUCAUGACCAAUGAUUUUGAUGGACAAAUCGAUUACCUUGAGCAGUUUGGAUCCAGUGGUUUUAAAGACUCAGCACUAAGGAAACAGUCCCUGUACCUUAAAUUCGACCCACUCCUCAGAGAGAGUCCAAGGAAAUGUGCGCCCCCUGCUGAUGCUCGCACCCAGGUUCCUCGUCCCGCUACUCUGGCUUCACGACUCGAAGCUGCACAGCUGCCAGUGAAGGCAGCAGCAAAUGAACCACAAAUCUCUGAUUUCAAGCUGAUUGAUGUUGCCACACCGUCUCCAAUCCUGCAGAGCCUGGUCCCCCCUUUCCCACAACCCACAAACACAGAAGACGCAAUCAUCGAAGUGUUGAAGUACAGUCAGAAAGACAUGGACGAAGCCAUGGACAAAGUCCGUGCUGAGGGAAAGGAAAAAGAGGAGCAGUGGGAGGCAAAGUAUAAAACCCUAGUUGACUCAAGUCAAGAAAUGAGAAAAGCAAUUGCAGAAUUGCAACUCGAACUUGCAAAAAAUAUGGCUUUUCAGGAGAAAGAAAAAGAGUUGGCCGAGAUGAGGCUCAACGAGGCACUGCUGGAGAGAGACCAAACAGCCAGUGACCUGAACUCGAUGGAGAGAUCUUUCUCUGAGCUUUUCAAGAGACUGGAGAAGUACAAGGAGGUCAUCGAGGGCUACAAGAAGAAUCAAGAGACCCUUAAAGCUUGUGCUCAGGACCACCUGGCCAGGAUCAAGAAGGAGGAGCAGCGCUACCAGACCCUGAAAACCCACGCCGAGGAGAAAAUUCAGCACGCAAAUGCAGAAAUUGCAGAGGUGCGCUCCAAGUACAAGUCGGAGGUAUCUGCCCUACAAGCACAUCUGCGGCGGGAGCAACUGAAGGUGCAGUCGAUGGAGAAGAGUCUGGACCAGAAGGAUAAAGAGAUUGACGGUCUGACCAAACUCUGUGACGAACUCAUCACUAAAGUCCAGAGCGGCUGAGCUCAUGUACAUACUGUUUCUAUGACUUUCCCCUCUUUUCUCUUUGUUGUGCGUCAUCAUUUCAAUGUAUAAAAUACAUGUAAAGAGUUUAAUAAAAUGAGAUUUUUAGAUGUAA